AUGUUUCAUGAAAUGAGUAGUGGGAGAUCCACAGAGCAAGGACCAGUUCCUGGAGACUCUGGAAACAGUUUCAGUACUUCCAGUGAUAUGAGAUCAGGCUCGUCUCCUCCUACAUUCAAAAAUCCCAUGAGAUCACGCUUACUAAACACCACCCUACCUGAUCAAGGCUUACCAAGCACAGUUGGAAGCGGGUCCUCUGCUCCCACUGCACCGAGCUACCAAAGCUUCACUCAGUCUACGUUUUCCAAAGAUAACUUCUGCAGCAGCGGUGGGAUUUCAAAAGACCUGGACUUUGUCAGAGGAGUCAUAGAAGAUGAUGAAGGCCGGAGAGCCUCAGGGCCAGCGCCGGUCCGUGCCUAA